AUGACGCUCCAAGCAGCAAGGAGAGAAGAGUUGACUUCCCUGAUGAAUCAGAAGGACACGGCUGUGAAGAUGGCGCCCCUGCACCUUCAGCAGCUCUUGGACGAAUGCAGUCUUGUUCCGCAGAUGCAGGCGAAAUUCGUUCGUGCGGAAAAGCCGCGCAGCAUCCGCGGCAUCCAUAGUGGACGCAUGGCCAAGGCACCACCGCGGGCCUGCGAGCUGCUUUGGCCAGUCAGACCCGUGCUCAGAGUGAGGCCCAUCGAGUUCCAUGCAGUUUCGGUCAAAGAUGGUGGUGACGUUGUGGACCAUCAAAUGUCCCUAAGCCGCGCGCAGUUUACCCUCAUCUUGGACGUGUUGGCUGAGAAUAUCUGCUACACGGGACGAUCUGGGUCGUUGAUGGCAGGCACAGCUCCAACUCGCGAGCCGGCCCCGACAGGCGGAAACGCACGCCCAAAGAGUCGGGGCUUUCGCUUUUCCUGGAGGUGGCCUGGUGAGCUCAAUUUUCAUGUGUCUUUCACAGAGGCAGUUCCUUUGGGAUGUCUUCGGUUGCGCGAGGGAAUGCUGGGAUUUAGCAGUUCACCAACUGGGACGGUCUACGAGCUGAAGAGUUCAAAGCUCACAGCAGUUGAUUUGCGAACGCGCUCGCGAAAUGUGGUGAAGACUCUGCUGGAGUGUGUCGAUACUGACGAUGAGACCGCGCUGGGAUUCAGUGUUGAAGUCAAUGUGCCAGUGGACGUAGACACUCUGGCAGUGAUCCAGUUGCAACAUCCGAGAAUGCACGUGCUUCCCCAACUCGUCAUGGACCUGGUUACCGCGGGCCUUUCAGCGUGGCAGCAUUGCACCUUUCGCAAUGACAGGGCAUCGGCACCCACAGCCCCACAGAGGGGGUAUCCUCCUGGGAGCAAUGACACGAAGGUUGCAGACAAGCGGGGUACGCGAGUACAGGUCAACUUUCUUGAUGGAUGUUUUGCAAUUGCCGAAAAGUGGGCAGAGCCAACAGAGCACUUUGAGUUCGCUGGGAGCGUUUUGAUCCACAUCCUGGUCCAUGCUGAGGGCAUUCGCAUCGAGCGGUUUGACCUCGAAAGUGGUGCUUUGCGACUGCGGUCAGCCAGGCGAAGUCCCACCACCCUCUGCCCGUGUUUGGAGUGGUCCGUGCGUGGAGAUCAGCGUCGUGUCGAUGAUGGUGCCCGUAUGAAGAGGCACACGCAGUACGACUUGCGUUCUGUCAUCGUGCCGCCUUAUGCAAUUCGCAUGUCUGCACGGGAUCACCGGGCUAUGGCCAACUCCUUGCUGGAACUGCUGAGUAUGGAUGCUGAGUCUGCCGAGCCGCCCUCUGAAACACAAAGCCGAGACCCCCUGGCACUGCAGCUGGUCGAGAAUCGCUUGACCCUCGUGGCUGAAAUUGCCAUCGAAGGUGCUGAGGUCCAGGUCCUUGGUGAGGAAGGAGGCAAUGAGUGGCCUGGCCUGUGUGCCAACGCUCGGUGCCAGCUGUUGCAGCUCACGGUGGACAAUCGCCAAGGUGCAUCGCCAACAAUCAAUCUUUUUGGUCGUGAGCUUGAAGUGGACAUCAGCUCCCGCAACCACAGGCUCGGGCUCUGGGAACCUGUGCUGCCUCGGUGUUGCCUACGGUUCUCCUACCAUGCACAGCGCAAGCCCGACGGAGGGCCUCGUGACGUCGUCGUCCGAGCAGACGUCGCGGCUAUCAAGCCCGUGAAGCUGGUGAUCAGUGCUCCGUUCGUUCAUUUGGCGAGCCAGGUGUUCAAAGAGAGCGUCGAAGACAUGCAGUAUGGGCAUUUGCUAGCUGGUGUCAACAUCUCCGGUCUCAGAUGUCUGGUUAGAGUGGAUAGCUCGGACAGUCUGGAGGGAGUCGUGCUGCCAUCUUCCGCGGAGGCGCAGCCCUUGGAUAGCCUGCUGAAAGGCCGUGGCCGCGUCGCAUCAGGGACCCAGCUGUCCUUGGAGCUGCGUCUUCCUGAUCACCCCGACGCGGAUCCGUGCAGGCUCCAGUAUGGAAGAGAGGUUGAUGUUACGUGGGACACAAAGACGGCAGGAUUCCUCAUGUGCCGGCUCGUCAUGCCAAGACCUCCGCAGCUUGUGCUACUCAUCACUUCCACGGUGUGUGUCUGGAAUAAAACGCCUGCCGACCUGGAGAUCCGUUUCUUAGCUCCAGGCCUUCCAGAGGAGACUUCCGAGAAAGGAUUCAACCCCAUCAUCCCUCAGUCCCUUCAGAUCUGCGCUGAUGCCCGGCUGUUGACGGAUGGCGUCUCUCCACAAACUUGCGUUCCAGCAGAGCCCCUGCCUGCCUCGACGCCUGAUGCUCCUCAAGGAGUUGGUGAUGGCGCAGUCCGUCUCAGAGCGGGUCAGUUGCUUUCGGCUCCUACCCUUGCACAACUCCGCAUGGGCCAGGCUGUCCUGCAGAUCCGUCCAGCAUUCGAAGCCGGAGGCGGUGUCUCUUACAAGUGGUCUGAGCAGUUCUUCGCUGUUCCAGUCGCCAACCCCCACGACACCACACUGUGUUCAGCUCCGCCGACGGACAUGGAGGAAGUUCUCCCGCACAACCGGCUCUCGCUUCGAACCAGCUGCGGGGGCAAUCCGGAAGAAGGAUGGUGCAACGUCGAGGUGUAUGCGCCCUUCACGGUCAUCAACGCAUGUCCUUGCGAUGUUUUGUGCCAGUUCAACCCGCAAGUCGUGCGCAAGAAACUGGGGAAGGAGCGAGAGCGGCUGCCGGUGUCGGGCAACAUCGAGCUCCUGGUUGAUGAUGGCUUUGGACACGAGGUGCCUGUGCCAAAGAAUGGCCAAGUGGAAAUUAUGCCAUUUCGUCUGGAUGAUGAUGGCUGUUUGAGGUGGACAUGCAAUGGGCAGGAAGGUCGUACGAAGUCUCGUUGGCAAAACAUCAACGCCGUGAUCGCUGUCCUCAACUGCAGGAAGGGGGAAGUGGAAUGGCACUGCCUUGAAGCCAAGAUGAACGCUCACGACCCUUCCGUGCCACAGCUGCGAAUUGCACCACAGAGCAUGCUUCCUGCCUUUGACUUCGUGGCCGAGGAAUUGACCGUGUCGUUUGCAGUGCGGGACCAGCAUGGACACGCAAGCUCAUGGUCGUUGCCGCUGAGGGCAGUGCAGCUACGGAGGUCUACGGAAGUCGUGCAGCUCGAAUUCAAGGGUAUGUGGAUCAAUCUCAAUGCUAUGCGGAAUGGUCGAGAGUUGAUCGUCUACACGGCCUUGUGGUUCGUGAACUCCACAGGUCUGGACAUCCGACUUCUCCAGCCUGGAGGGCCUGGACCAAUGCACCCUGUGGCAGCGUUCGGAAGCAAGGUGUCCAUCCUGCCUGAAAUCCGCAAUGAUGCCGGUGAUGGUGUUGCCUUUGUGGGUCUCCGAUCACAUGCGCCGAUUGAGGCCAAUGUACCUGAUGUCAGUGGAGCAGUUGCUGUGGCUGUGACGCCCCUUCAUCCAUGCUGCCUCAGAACAGAGACGGUUGCACUUCCAGAGGCCAUGCGAGGGGUUCCCAGCUGCCUUGUCAGCCUGCUGCCGGCGAUGAUGCUUUUCAACCACACGGAGGGCCUGGAGGUCGGAUUUCGUCAGCAUGGAUGUCCUUCUGACACUGCAGUCUGGGUCCCUGCAAGUGCCAGUCGGGCCUUCUGGUGGCAUAGCGUUACCGACCAGCUCCUGCAGGUGGCAGUGAGGUUUCAGGAUGCUGGAAAGGAAGCUCGAACCUCCUGGUCCCAGCCCUUCGAGCUGAAAGAGUCCAGAAUAGGUGCUUACCCUGUCACGUUGAAGGCACAAGCACAGUCGUCUCGCUUCCUAGUCUGUGUUUGCAUCGACUUUGAUGCGGCCAGCUGGGCAGUCACCAUCAAAGACAGCGGCUGGUGCCACACGCUUGUGAACAAGCAUCCUGAUGUCCAGCUGAUUGCCAAUAUGGAAGGUGUUGGCGAGGAUCCAGCAUACACCUUCGGUGUGGCCUUUGGCGAGCAGUUGCCGAUCGGGGGCAGAGGUCCACCAUCUGGCAAUGUCCCGAGGCUGCGCUUGACUGUCCAGCGUGCAUCAGAUGCUGAUGAACGUGCCACCGUGUUCGUCGAUCUGAACCGCAGCGGCGUACGAAAAGUGCCACGGUGGUCUGGCCGCGCUUCCGGCGCACAUGCAGCACCUGCCGCGCAAAAGAGGACAAAGUCAACCCUGCGGGUGAAUGCUGCGGUGGUUGUGGCUUUACACGAACGUGUGGCCGUGGUCACUGUCAUGCCUGACAAGCCGGCUUUUGCCUCAGUUCCGCGCCAGCUCGAGGAAAGCGGCGGGGAGGAAGCGGAGAACGACGAUGCAACCAUCCUCAGAACGUUCACGGGUGAGCUAAAGAUCGACACGCUCCGUGUGGGUCUGGUUGUGGAAGGGCCAUCUGCAAGCCUGUCGCCUUCAUCUGUUUGGGACACCGCGGCUGCGUUGGCAUCGUCCGAGCCCCGACGUCGACAUGAGGUCUUCACGAUCAACUUGAACGGCGUGCAAGUCAGCAUUGGGCAGACGCCCGACAGGUGCCGGGACGUGGACUUUCAGAUCUGGGAUAUCCAGGUGGACAUGCAAUAUCCCAGACGAGACGUGGUGCUCAAAAGCACUUCGCAGCCUGCACUUCGCACGCAUACUCGGAGGGAUGACGUGCGUGAACUGGACGUGCACCUGCGCGAGGUGAAGCUCGCGUUUGGUCCCUUGGAGGUCUCAGUGACGGGUGCCUUGAUGGAUCAAGUACGUUUCCUCAGGCGGAACCUGACGGUGGGAACCGGCGGUCUGACUUUUGACCAGGUCCUAAUCAGGGCAAAGGGUGCUCUACAUUUGAGCAAUCCACAACCUCCGGGUGCUUCGUCCAAGCUUGUCGUGAACAAGCUAGCUGUUGGAGAUGCCAGAGUAGAUGUCUGGUGCCAGUUGCAUUUACCUGACGCUCACUAUCUCCCCAAGUCUCUUCGUGAUACCAUCCAGGUGGUGAGCCUGGGAACGACGCGGCUAGAUGUCAAGGGUGCUCAGGUCAAGCUUCCACAACAGGUGCUUUUCAGCGACAGGAAGCCCGCAGAAGGAAACUUCGGCAUCGUGGCAUCCAAAGUUUGGGUGGAGUAUCUUCCGCUGGUCAAAGCAUGCUGGCGGUCUUUGUUGCAACAUUCCAACAUUUUCUUGGGCGGCCUGUUAAGUCGACACACGUGGAACCCUAGGCAGAGGCGUGAAUGGCACCACACGACGCCCCUUUGCCACAUAGGCCCUUCAGGAGAGCUUCGCCUGAUGGAGACCGGAUAG